CCCCAAUUUAUCCCUAUUCUAGCUCAGACACGUUUAAAAUCUUCCGACUUCCCAUCCGUAUCCCCCCAUGGUCCUAUCGUUUUACAUUUUCAAACCCUUCCAUUAAAUACAAGGAAAGGGACUCCUCUCUCUCUCUCUCUCUCUCUCUGUUCUUUGUAACUCUCGAACAUGGCCUCUGCUAUUGUCGCCGCUGCUAUAAUCGCAAACCUCCUCCUUCUUCUUCAUCCUUGGACUGUUACUUCUGACAUUUUCACUCCUAUACUUGAUGAUGUGUGCAAGGGAGUGGAGUGUGGAAAGGGGAAUUGCAAGCCUUCGUUAAACACCACUUUCUUUUUCGUCUGUGAAUGUGAAAUUGGGUGGAAGCAGACUCGCUCUGACAAGGACGAUGAUUUCAAGUUUCUUCCCUGCGUUAUCCCCAACUGUACCAUGGAUUUCUCUUGCACGAAACCUGCUCCUUCUGUUCAGGAUAAAGAAACCCGUGCCAACAUUUCAGUCUUUGACCCUUGCCACUGGAGUGAUUGCGGCGGAGGCACAUGCAACAAGACAUCGCCAGUCACGUAUACUUGCGAAUGUAAAGAGGGGUACUACAAUCUACUCAAAAUCGGGGCUUUCCCAUGCUUCCAAGACUGUGCACUUGGGAUGGAUUGCGCGCCCCUCGGGAUUACAAUAAUGAACAACUCAUCUCCUACAUCACCCAGUAUGACUGACAGCAGUACCAACCAAGCUAGCUCCCUACCGCAUGGUAACAUCAAUUGGUUGAUUACCGUUACAAUGAUCUUGGCUCCAGUCAUAUUGAAAUCGAACUAGCCAAAAUAGACAUUGAGGUUUUUGUCUUCCCAUUCCCACGGUUCAUCCUGAUAUCAUUUCAUUUUGGUGCUUAUUGCCUAAUGCCCCGUUUUGGUUAGGUGUUAGGGCUCAUUUUUACGUAUUCACGUAGUAGGAAUAAAGUUGAUUGUCACAUGCUAACGGAGAGGGAUGGGAUUCUACAGCUUGUUAUCAACUUUGUAAGUUAGUUGUGAUCAGAUUGAAGUAUUGAACAUAUCAGCUAAUCAAAACUAAGCCACCGUACCUUGUUAUGUACAAUGAAGCAUAGCUGAUGUAAAUAUUUAGAUA